AUGCAUUUUAUCUUUUUUAUUGCGUUUGCCUUUAUCGGGGUUGCUGUAGGUGCCGAGACAACCACCACGAAAGCUGUCACAGUAACUAGCUGUCCUCCGACUGUCAGUGCAUGUCCAGGAAAGGGACCUCUAAACUCAACUGAACCUGUAUUCCGGCCUGUUGGUCCGACUGGGUUAAGUCCUUCUCCCACAGCAAAAUUGCCAGAUCCCAAGGGCAACCCCAACGCAAAGCCGACCGAUGGAGUUAUUUUGAGCACAAUGAUUAUCUCCACUUGUAUUCCGACCGUAAUAACCUCAGUGGUGACUAUAACCCCUCCAAAAGUAACAGAGAAGCCUAUUAUAUCGGCCAAGCCAUCUUCACCAGGGUUCAUUACCAAACCUCCCCAACCCCAAUUUACCGGUGCUGCAAACGCACUAAAGGGACCAACAGUCUUAGCUGGAUUAGCUGGUCUCCUUGUCUUUGCGUUGUGA